UUUUUUUUUUCUGUUUUUUUUUUUUCCCUUUUGCCUUUGCUGUUGCUCAGUCCUUGGUGCAUCCACCGCCCAGGAACAGGAAGGACGAGAAAACCACUCCACAAAGUCUCCUUCAAGACACUCUGCGCUGCAGAACAGGCUCCCCAACUCCAUCAGCACAGCAAACAAACUCCUCAGGGCUUUUGCUGCCCCUCCACCACCGCCACACACCCUUUUAUUUUAUUUAAAAAAAAAUAUUUUUAUUUUAUUAUUUUUUUAAUUUCCUCGUUGAUUUUUCAUUCGUGGAGAGCCGGGAAGGAAGACACAAACUUUCCGCUCCGAGCUCCUCCGGCUCCCCUCGCCCCUCUCCCAGCCGGCGGCCUUUAAUCCGCCGCCGGGACCCCUCGCGGGCUCCCCCAGCGAUCAGAGCCCGGCGCCCCCCGCCUCAUCUCCCCUCCCCGCGCCCCCCUCUCCCCGUCCCCUCGCUCCGCGGCCGCCCCCGAGCCGCGGGGCCGCUCGCAGGGGGCGGUGGGGCGCGGCGCCGGGGGCCCGGUGUAUGUCGUGCCCCGGCCUCCCGGUGAAUGAGCACCGCCCGCCGCCUGCCGCCGCCGCCCGCCUCGGCCCCCACCUCCCCCUGCCGGGGUGAGGCUGCCUGAGGGUCCCCGCGGGUCGCGCAUCCCCGCCGGCUGCCGAGAGGAGCCCAUCGCUUCUCCCUCCCGCCAGCCUCCCCCUUUCUGCCCCCUUCAUUUUAUUUUUUAUUGCUACAUUUCCCCCCCGCCCCCCCUUUUUUUUUUCCUUUUACCACCCUCCCCACGCUCCCCUGCCUUCCACCCCCCUUCCCCUAUUUUUUUUUUCCGCCGGGCGCGAUGCCGCACGUGGAGAUGCUGCUGCUGGCGGCCGCGGCGCUGUGGGUGUGCGUGCGCGGGCAGGAGCCCGGCGCCAAGGCGGUGGCCGACCGCUACGCCGUCUACUGGAACAGCACCAACCCCAGAUUCCAGCAGGGCGACUACCACAUCGAUGUGUGCAUCAAUGACUACCUGGAUGUGUUCUGCCCUCACUACGAAGAUUCAGUGCCAGAAGAUAAGACCGAACGCUACGUUCUGUACAUGGUGAACUUUGACGGCUACAGCUCCUGUGAUCACACCUCCAAAGGGUUCAAGAGGUGGGAGUGUAAUCGACCACACUCCCCGAAUGGACCGCUGAAGUUCUCAGAAAAAUUCCAGCUCUUCACGCCCUUCUCACUAGGAUUUGAGUUCAGGCCAGGCCGGGAGUAUUUCUACAUCUCUUCUGCGAUCCCAGAUAAUGGAAGGAGAUCCUGUCUAAAACUUAAAGUUUUUGUGCGACCAGCAAACAGCUGUAUGAAAACUAUAGGUGUUCAUGAUCGUGUUUUCGAUGUUAACGACAAAGUAGAAAAUUCAUUAGAACCAGCAGAUGAUACCGUACAUGAGUCAGCCGAGCCAUCCCGUGGUGAGAAUGCGGCACAGACACCGAGGAUACCCAGCCGGCUUUUGGCAACUCUAUUGUUCCUCCUGGCAAUGCUUUUGAUAUUAUAGCACAGUAUGCUCCAGCAACCUGUCGCAGAAAAUAUCAGGGUCUUGGAACAUCAAAGAUCCACCUAACUGCUCAUCCCAAGAAAGGGACUUUAUUGUUUUUGCAGAUGUCAAAUUGUUAUUUUUCCCUUUUCUUCUCCCUUUUAGCCUGAACUCAGCAAAAAUUUGAAGGGGAUAACUAGCUUCAGCACCCGUCCCUACCUACCCUGUGACUUUCUUAACCCCUCCAUACAAAUAAAAGGACUCCAAAUGAAAAUGCCAAACUAUAAUAGUGACACUAGUGAUUCUUAUUUUCCUCUGCAUUCUCCUUUAAGAAGUCACCUCUGUUAGUUCACUGUGUCAUCCGUGUGUAGACAAAGAAGAGUAGUGGCAGAUGCAGUCAGUGAAGGAUAAAGAAACUGAGUGAAAGCCUGGGAGAGUUUUCUCUCCAAUACAAUAUUUAUGCCUUCUCGUUCAGCACUGUAAGAUGAUCAUGCAAGGCAUCGUGUCACGAUGUCAGGACUGGAGGGGAAAUAUUAAGAACAGAUAUAAUAUAACACCAUUUCCUCCAGGAGUUUCUAAAUGAACAGGCUUCUGAAAAGGGAAGACAUUGUUUCUUACAGACUGUCCUGAAACAUCUUUGACAGUAAAAUUCUCGCUCACAAGUGGAAACGCUGUCUUUGGUGAGAAAAAGGGGUUAGUAUUUAGAAACGUUAGCACACAGCAGGCAAGGUCAGAUUUAGGAAACUUCACUGGGGGUGUGAGUGCCUCUGUUAUUUCGUUUUAAGGGGAUAAUGCACACCGGAUUAUUUUAUUUUAAAAGAAAUCACCGUGGUGCUACAAUUUUUUUCUUGAAAUGCAGAGGCACUUUUGAGAAUAAAGUGACCUUCCCCAGCGCUGACUUAGUAGCUGAUAGCCUUGGAUGCUGCUCUGGGUGUUAAUACAUGCUAUGAGAGGACAUCAGUGGCCAGAGGAAUCAUGUUUGGGACACAGGAUCUCCAGUGUGCUCUUGAUUUGUCUCUCCUGUAAGUUCCUCAGCCAUGGGAAUAAACCAGAAGUAAAAGAAGCCAGGACAGUUUAGUAGCGUUGUUUGGUGGGGGGAAAGAAAAGAAGUGUGGAAUAUGAAUUCAAGUGUUGAUUUUUUAUCUUUUCCCCUUCCAGCACAGUUUGAAGAGUAGAGGAAACGUGUUUAUCAGCCAGAGAUAAACUAGAUGGGCUCCCAAAGACUUAACAAAAUAUUUUUUUAAAAAUCCACUAGAAUAGAAAAUACAUUAUUUAGAUAUACUUUAUGCUGAGAGUGAGUAUAUAUGCUUGUCCUAUUUAAACAUGUGAGAAAAGUGGUAAGCCUUGAUGCAAGUAGGAAAUGGGACUGUCUUGUUUGAUGGAAUUGGGAGUGACCCUGUUUAGGGAAUCUGAGCCUUGGCUAAGGUAGAGCUUGAAAAAGUCAUUUGCCAGGAACUGCAAGCCUUGGGGUAUUUUUUGUCUAGGCUGCCAUGAAAUUUGAACUGCUAAGUAUAAUCAGGGAAAUAUCAAACCAAGACUAAAACAAAGCUUUUCUAAACAAAAACUGUGAUAAUUGUUAAAUGCAAAACAAAACAUGGAGUGCAUUCAAACAAAGCAAGGGUUUUCUAUAUUAAUUCUAAAAAAAAAAACAAACUCUGGCAUAACAAAAUUGAGUGAUCCCAACAACAGACAGCACUUGGUUGGCUGGUUUUUAUUUUUUUUAUUUUUUUUCUUUUCUUUUUUUUUUUCUUUUUAAUGAGGAAAAGCUUUCAUAAAGUUGUAAGCAGCUCACUAUUCAAUAAAGAAGAAAAAGGGGAAAUCAAUUUAAGAUGUAAAGGGAGGUUUUAUGCAUGCUAAACCACAAUCUGAGCUUGCCUGAUACCAUAUAACAAGGUUCUUGUUGCAGGGCUUGUGCUUACAGCAGGAAUGUAGGAAAUUUCCUCUAGUAUGAAGUGCACACAAGAAAGAUACGCAGUCUAAACAGUGAAGGAAGUCAGCCAGCAUCCCAUUACAAUCUAGCUGGUACUUUACACUCUUUAACAUGGAUGUGCUUGGUACACAUGCUAAUACUUCCUUCAAGAAGGUAUUAAAGAGCUGUGGAUGAGGUGAGCUUAAUCAAAAUGAACCUUAACAAAUAGAUUAUUAACUGAUAAUAUUGCAUGAUAGGUAACCCUAUUAAAUGAUUCAUAACAAUUACAGACAGUUGUACCAGCAGUGCCAAUUUCAUGUGGAAGCGAUGUCUUCAUUUUCCAUCCUUUGUCUCUAAACGACAUCAGAGUUUGAGAUGUACACUUAUCCACAGCAGACGCUUUCCAGCGGUGUUCCUUCAGGUGCAGUUCAGCCCUUCAAUUUAUCACAGAGCCUUGAUGGGUAGGUGAGGGACAGCACGAGUAGUGCAGCUGCAAGGCAGGUCUCUGUACUGCCCAGGGUGGCCAGGAGACCACAAGACACUGCCGGUUUGGUACCUGAUGGCAUCAGGCAAUCCCAGUCAUAGAAGUAAGUACUGAUGGGUUUUGUGUUGCAGAGCAAAUCUCUGGAUGCUCUGAAUGCAGAUGUUGGUGCCAACUGCAAGGAGAUUUCUGCUCCCCUCGACUCUGCCUGCCCCUUCUCAGGCCUGAGGGACUGAUUCUCCCUCAGCCUGGGUGGCUUGCGUACCCCCAUGGCCUGCACUCCUGGCUGCCAAGGCCACUGCAAUGCAAAGCAGGGAAAAUAGGGAUCAGUGGGUUUAGUGGAUACCGUGUAUCCUUUAAUAGACAAGGUAACAUUUCGUGUUAGUUUAGAAUAUUGUUUUGUACUGUACUUACUUGGAUGGCGAAGGAAAGACAAGUAAAUCUUAAAGCUAUGUUCUUUAAAUUCUGUAUUAUUAGCAACCUCUGUUGUAUAUAGUGUUUGAUAAUAAAGUAUUAAUUUGAUUCUUAUGUCUUUUGUAAGUGAGAACAAUAGAAUUUCAGGAUAUUAAAAUCACGCGUUGAUUACAAGACAGAGCUUUGAAGCAUCAAGUGUGAUCAUGGCUGAGAACUGAGAGACAAGUGGCCAUGACACUGCAGCAUACAGGACUCAUCUUUGGAAAUCGUUCAUCUAUUCCAAGACUUCACAUUGUCAAGACCUGGAACAACAUGACUUUUGAUGAUCAAUGUUUUGUCUUCAGUGUUUAAAGGUCUUAUAUUGGAGCCCUGUGGUUUCUGUGUUAGUUUUUUUUUUUUUUUUCAUUUUUUUUUUUUAAAAACUUUUUGGGAUUUAACAACUUUUUUUUUUUUUUUUUUUUUUUUUUUUUUUUCCAGAAAGGAUCUUGCCAGUGUCAUGUGCGCUAUACGUAUGUACUUGGUUCCAAAACAACUAGAAACAAAUUUGGGAGAUAUUGAGAGUAGAGGAGUAGAUUGUUUCCUUUCCUAUAUAAUUGUGGAAGGAAAAUGGUUGCAUUUGUACCUGUUGAUUCCCACCCCUAGUUGUCAAAACUGAACUUAAUCCAUUGUGUAGUGAGAGCAAUGGUUCAGUCACUUUCAGAGACUUAGAAAAGUGUGUUAACUCUUCCCCUCCUUUCAUUACACUUGGAUUUUGUAAUCACCAGUUUUACUGUACAACCCUCCACACUUCUCUCCUCUUUUCCUGCCCUUCUUCCUCUCCCACCCCCCUCCUUUUUUAAUUUGGAGCUGUGAAUGGGCAGAUCUGUUUCUGGCCUGGCAUCACUGAGUUUUUCCCAUGCAUUCGCCCUUGAGCUUCUCGGAUGUGAGACAAAUCUCCCUACAAUAGCCUUGCUGCCAUUGUCUGUACAGUUUAAUAGAUGCUGGCAUGUUGGAGGUUACCCAUGAGUCUGCGAAAUCCGCUUUCCAUGCUUACUCUUGACACCCCCAUUGAAGCCACUCAUUGUGUAUGCAUCUGGGUAUGAAAGUCCAGCUCAGUGUGGUCCUGUGCUUGUACUGCCCUGCUUUGCAGUUUCUUUGCACUUAUUCAUUGAGUGCUGUUUUUGAAAUGCUUACAUUAUAUGAACGUAAAAGAAAAUGUAAAAAAAAAAAAAAAAAAGAAAAAAAAAACACAAAAAAACCCUGCCCCAUAAGAUCUGUAUUUGUAUAUACACGUGUCCGUACAAUUAUACUUAAAUAAAAUUAAAGAUUUUCAUCAUUUUAA